AUGUCUUCUUUCUCACCGGCAUCAACGCAGCCAGACACUCUGCCAACACCCCGAGUUGUCAUCACGAACCUCAUCAACUCCCUCACCUCGGCCCCUCUACCACCACCGUCAGCGAACACCGCCGGCACCAGCAACAACAACGCAGCCGAUGCAGCAAACCCCCUCAAAACCCUCCCAAAAUCCCACCGUCCGCUCCUGGUAACCCUCCACGUCCUCUUCCCCUCCCUCGUCCUCCCGGCCCUAGACCUCCUAGACCGGAACCUCGUCACGCGCGUAGUCCCGGAGACUACCACCCCUCCCUCCGCCGGCCUCGGCCACGGCCACGGCCACCGGGAACGAAACAACCCCACCAACCCCGCACCCGCCGCCCUCCAACAUCAACCCAGUACCAAUCCCAACGACACCGCGUCCGAAGCGGUCGCCGAUGGACAGGGGUCCUCACCACCACCACCCCGCCUCCAACCAGCAACAACCCAACCUCCAGCAGCCGCCGCCGCAGCAUUCCACCUCGUCCGCUCCGUAGCCUCGACAAUGACCCGCAGACACCACGCCGUCGCGACGUCAGCCUCCGCGUCGACGACAUACCUCGUCCACCUCGACGCCUGGAACUGCUCCUGCGCCAACUUUGCGUAUGAAGCAUUUCCGGCAGUCGUCAGCGGCGGCGGGCGUGAUGUAGAUCCGGACCUGGUCAUCAUGGGCGCAGAUGAAGCCGAGGACAACGUGGAUGGCGACAACAGCGAGGCGAGUGACUGGCAGUUUGGAGGCCUGAGUUUGGACGGCAUGGAUGAUGGCGGUGUGCCUUGCUGCAAACACCUGCUCGCCUGUCUUCUCUCCGAGCAGUGGGCGGAUACUUUGGGGAAAUAUGUCACCGAGAGGAGAGUGAGCAGGGAGGAGAUGGCGGGGUUAGUUGCGGAUGUGUAG